AUGACGUUCCGCGAACAACAGCCUAAAGAUUAUCUUGGUCCAUCCAAAAUCCCGUUUUCCAUCUCAGCUUUGGCUUUAGUUGUCUUUGCCCUACUUGGAGUUUUCACAUUAUUAUCACAGAAGCACAGAUUAAAAGAGAUGUCUUCAAAAUCGAAAGCAAGCGACGUGGACAUAGCCUCAUUCUGUAGUGUAACAGGGGCCAGUUACAAGGAUGCUAAGAAAUUUCUUGAAAAACAUAAACGCCUAGAUGCUGCUGUCGAUGCAUACUACUCCAACCCAAAUUCCUUCGCCACAUCGACGAAACCACAGACUAGCGCUCCAUCGACCAGCAAGCUAAAUGCUUCAUUCGACGAAUACAAAGACCCAGAUAGUGAAGACAUCACGAUCAACGGCACGAUCAAGCUUUGCGAAGAUUUGGAAAAAGAUCCUGAAGAUGUUGUCCUUCUUGCUGUUGCAUACGAGCUUAAAGCCCCGGAGAUUGGUCGCUGGACGAGGAAAGGAUGGGUAGACGGAUGGAAAGCUAACGGAUGCGACUCCUUACUUGCAAUGAAGAAUGCCGUGGCCCGGUUCGGCCACCAACUCAGUACCGAUUCUGCCUACUUUCGGAAAGUAUACCUCUACACAUUUGACCUCGGCCGAACGGAUGGAGCAAGGAGCUUAGCGAUGGAAACCGCCCAAGCGUUUUGGUCACUUCUCAUACCACAUGGUCUAAAGGGUGGCGCCCUUUCGCACAUUUCGUCAACAGAUAGUGAUGAUGACGUGGACAUGAAUGGUGCAGAAGGAUGGAGGCCCGAAUAUACAGACUGGUGGUUCGAAUUCUUGAAUGAGAAGGGUGGAAAGGGUGUCAGUAAGGAUACAUGGAGCAUGUUCCUUGAUUUUAUGCGGAGUAUCGAUACCAAGUUUGAGAAGUAUGAUAUGGAAGCUGCAUGGCCUUCUACGAUCGAUUAUUUCGUUGAGUUUGCCAAAGGACGUUUAGCUUCGUCACGGGCAUGA